AAAGCGCAAGUUGAAGUAUCGAGCACCGGGUAUAAAAACUGUCGAAAUGUUCUGAAUUAUAUUAGUUUUUGACUAACCAGAAUACAAUAAACUACAAUGGCAUCAAAAUUCAUCAUCUUCGCCGCUGCUGUGGCUUGCGCUAACGCCGGAUUAAUUGGAUCGCCCGCAUUUGCCACAUACUCUGCUGCACCAGUAGUAUCUGCCUACUCUUCCCCAGUAGUAUCAGCAUAUGCUGCGCCCCUAUCAAAAUCAGUCGUCAGCUCCUACACCAACCACGGAUCACCAGUUGUUUCAAGCUACGCUGCACACGCUCCAGUUGUCUCAGCCUACUCUGCUCCUCUCAUCAGCAAAUCUGUAGCACCAGUUGUAUCUGCAUAUUCUUCACCAGUAGUUUCAGCUUACUCUUCCCCAGUUGUGUCAGCUUACUCUUCCCCAGUUGUGUCAGCAUACUCUUCCCCAGUUGUGUCUGCUUACUCUUCUCCAAUCGUGUCAGCUUACUCUUCUCCACUCUUGGCCAAAUCUAUUGCUCCAGUAGUGUCUUCUUACUCUGCUGCGCCAGUAGUUGCUCAUGCUUCGUAUUCUGGACUCCGCGCCGCUUACCAAUGGUGAAAUGAGCUGAGUUAUCCUCAAAUGUAAUUUAUUUUGUAUAAAUACACUAUAUUGUUCAACUUCCA